GUUGUUUGUUGCCGCACUUUCUCGUUGGUAGUUUGGUUUAUUCUAUCGGUUUCUGUUUAUAUAAAACUAGGGCGGUAUUUAUUGAAUUUAUUUAGAAACUGUUCUCUUGUAUCAGUACACAAUGGAUACAAAUCUCGCCGAACUCCGAAAGCAAUGUGUGACGAGUCUCUAUCUCUGCUCUGACAAUAUCACCAAAUACAUGGACGAUGAGAAGGAAGAGGAAUUCGCGAAGCUUAAGUCUUAUGUGGCGGAGUAUUGCAUGCUGGAAGCCCGGGAGGAUGUAGCUAAACAGGCUUUGGCGAAGGCAGAAGAAGAAACAGAUGCAUCAAACAUAGACUCGCUCGAAGACAAAUUCAGCCAGUACCUCGUAAGCUUGGCAAACAAGAGACUCAGCGUAGACAACCACCCGUAUAUUGUGGAAAUUAACAAAAGGAUGCAGCGGGCCAUGAUGGAAACCAGGAGUAUUUUAGAAGAAUCUGACUUAGCUAUUACUGAAUCUGACAAUAGAAUGAUUGAUCCAAUAACCAAGAAGCCCAUUGAGGAUCCAGUCCGGAAUAGCCUGUGCAACCACGUGUAUGAACGGGCCUCCAUCAUGCAGCUGCUCAGUGUGAACCGAAAAACCAGGUGCCCAGUGGCGGGCUGCGGCAACAAGCAGCCCGUGGCGGCCGCGCAGCUCGCGCCCGACGAGGAGCUCAAGUUCCGCCUCACGCUGCGCGCGCACUCCACCAUGAUACAGGGCACUGACCCGCUCGCCUUAGACGAUACCAUCUAGUACAUAUGGUACAGUCAAGGUCACACCGUGUUUUUAUUCAAUUCCGUUAACUCCAGGGUAUGGGUAAGUGCGUUUAAGGAAACUAAAAGGUAUAGUUAAAAAAUAUAUAUAUACAAAGUAAUUAAAUGUUGCAUAUAGCGUUGUUGUAACACGGGCAUAACAUUUAAUUCAACCAAACAAUUGAAAACUGUGACAUAAUCAAUGUCAUUUAAGAUCAAGAUAGUACGUAAGUUUAGUAGCAAAUGUACACACUAAUCAAUAUGUGAACAGGGGGCCUACCGCGAAAACCGAAAUUCGCAAUUUGCGGGAAUCUUUCUCUUUUACACUUAUUAAGACGUAAUUAGAGUGACAGAGAAAAAUGCCCGCAAUUGACGAACUUCGAUUUUCCCGGUAGGGCCUCAGGCCCUAAAGAAAGUGUAUAUGCUCGUAAGGGCCUUAUAAGAUAAAAAUAAUUUAUUAUCUCCGACCUGGAGUUAAUUAGAAUACCAGUGUCUUUGACAAAGUUACUUAAUUUAAGCUCAGGUAUGCACCCUUAAAAUUAACGGAAAUCAAAAAAACAUGGAUAAAGUGCCAAAAAUAUGUAUACACGACCUUAUUUCCCAUACAUUAAGAAAGUGUGUAAGUACAUAUUUUUGGCACUUUGUCAGUGUCGAUAUUUAAUAUGUCGACUGUACGGUAACAGAAAUUUUGAUACAUUUAGAGUUCAAGCUAAAUUGGUUGUCAGUAGUUCAAUAUUAUAUAUAGGUAUGAAAUGCCCAAUGUAAAGCAAGGAAAAUUUUGUAGCCACAGUAAAUUUACUGCCAUCUCUCGACACAUUAUUAACUUUUAGAAUGCCAUUUGACUUUGAUCCUUAUAUUUUCACUAAUAUGUGUUAAAUUUGUUAAAUAUCAAAAAGUGGCGCCAUCUUACCGGGCAUCGGCUAAAGGUUGUGGCGCCAUCACUCGAAAAGAUGCCAUACCUUUGGCCUUCGAUCUAUUAGAUGGCGCCACUUUUUCAUAUUUAACAAAUUUUACACAUAUCAGGGAAAGAAUAAGGAUCAAAGUCAAAUGGCGUUCUAAAAGUUUUAAUCAUGUGUCGAAAGAUGGCAGUAAAUUGACUGUGACUAAGUUUUCUUUGACAAUCCACCUCUAUUUCAAAUUCUCUUUGUAAACCCUGUAUAGCUCAACAAUUAAAGUCCGUGACAGUUAAAUAAUACUAUGUAAAGUAAGGAUGCUAAGCAGGAAGAAUUUCGUACAUUGACCCAUCUGUCCCUAUCUCUGUCGCACGCGUGUGACCACUGUGCGAGGGGAACGUGGAGACUGCGUUUGUAUGGAAAGGCCGUACCCCCAUACAAAACUUAGUCCCCAUUUUGCCCUCUGGAUGUUGACAUAACAGAAAAUAUUUUUACUAAAUUCGAUGUAUAUUAAAACCAUAGCUAUGCCUCUACGUUUGAGUUGUUUAGAUUUUUUGAUUAUUAUAAAAAUUAGGAAAGAAAAACAAAUUUCGUCUUAUAAUAAUUAAUAAUACGAAAAAAAAAACAUAGGGGCAUAGCUGUGGUUGAUAUACUUAGCAGUGGCGGAUCGUUCAAAGAACUCGAUUCCCACCGGCUUGUCUAAUAUCAGCCUGUUGAGUACUUUCACGAUCGGUUCAUGGAGAAAAGGAAAGCAAAAUUAGCUCCGGAUUCCCUACGAAUAUUUGUGACGCGCCGCCACUGAUACUUAGAACAAAUUGUGUUGACAUAUUUUCAAUAAUACAAUACAGUACAAUUGAGGGGAAACGAAUAAUGCUACCAUAGCUUUCGCGUGGAAACCGCCGGACAGAAGCCGUGGCUCCGGGCGUCCUGUACACUCUUGGCAACGGUCCGUCCAAAGAGAGUUACGAGCGGUCGGGUUGAGCUGGAGCGAGGCCAGAAGACGAGCUGAAGAUAGGAAGGCGUGGCGCGAGCUGGUGAAGGCCCUUUGCACCUCUGGGGUGUUUUAGGACAACAAUACAAUACAAUACAAUACUCUUUAUUGAAUACCUCACAUAGUUGACAAUAAAUGUACAGAAACAAACAAAGACAAUUUGAUAGAGGUAACAACAGGCGGUGUUAUCGCCUAAGAGCGUCUUCCAGACAACCUUUGGGUAUCGGAGACAAAAAAUUAGAAAAUAAUAAUAAUGUUAAUAUCCAGAGGGGAAAAUGGGGACUAAGUUUGUAUGGAGAAACGGCCUUUUAAGUUUAGUUAGUUUUUAUCAUUGAUUAAGAGGGAAGAAUACUUUUUCUAUGAAAUUCCAUUUCGGGAGAAAACGUUUUCCACUAAAUAAAUCUUAACAAAUCACUUUGAUUUUGAUGUCGUUCGCUUCAGCAUUAUGAUAUUCUAGUUUUAUAGGUUUCGCUUAUUUUAUUUUGUUUUGUAAAUUUUGAAAAAAAGGAAAACCUCUAAACCUAGUUUUUCAUUGUCAAUAAAAUACUAACCCCCUUAUUCAUAAACGUGUACUAAAGUUACGAUGCCGCUGAUCAUCGUUUGUCCCUUUCCAUCAAUACGUCGGAAAGGGACAAACGAUGAUCAGCUGCAUCCUAACUUUAGUACACGUUUAUGAAUAAGGGGGUAAAAAAUUAUGGAAAAUGGAAAAUAUUUAGAUGUGGAAAAACGUUCUCUUUUUGUUUAAACGAUCACGUGACUUCCCUCUUAAUGCACGCUACGGUCGGCAUUGACAACCGACAAAGUUUUUAUCAUUGAUUAAUGUUUAGAUAUUUUUAAAAUUUUAAUUUGGAAAUAAAAAAACUACACAAUUUAA